CAUCCCUGUUUUUCAGUUCCCGCUUUUUCUUCUAGUUGUGUGUUGUGUUGUUUGUGUCCGCGUUUAGAAGUUUUUUUCAAUUUAGCAAUGACAUCAGUGGAAGAUAUUUUACAGCAGUUACAAAUACUAAAUAUAGAGCCGCCCGAAAAUGUUAUAAACAAGUGUUUGGCAAUAUGUUCAAACCAUAAUCUCGGUGCUGAAGAAUUUGUCGAGCAAUGGAUAGCAUAUACUACAUCACAUUUAAAUGGCGAAAAUCCUACAUUGGAGAAUCUAGAUAAGAUGGAGAGAAAAGUAUUACAAAAAGGUAAAGAUCGUAAAAAUCAGUCAAUGAAAAACAGUGCACAAACAUCGCAACCCCCAGUUUCCGAGGAUAGCUCAUCUGUUUCGAUUAAUGAAAGGGCCGUUUAUUUUUCUGGAUUAAUUGAAACACCAGACGGUAAUCACAGAACAGGGUCGAGAAUUGAUACACCACUCCAUACCAAAGGGCUUAUUGAUGAAGUAGUAGAUACCACAAUUAAUAGUCCUGGUGCCCAAUCGGGAGCCUAUUCGAAAAGGACAGAUGCAAAAAGUGUAAAAUGUUCUUAUCGCAUGAGCGAUGUCGAAUUUAAAAGGGUAGAACGUGUCGAAAUUAUUAUUUCUAAAGUUCAACAACAUAAUUUAACAGAAGAUGCAAAGUAUAUGUAUGAAGUAAUCGGGAAAAAAGCGCAAGCUAUAAACGAGAUGGUAGAUUAUGUGGGGCAAGCGAUUCUACGCAAGUACGGGCUGCAUAUCAACGAUGGAUAUCUCAAACACAACGUGGGAGAAGUUGUAACUUAUGGAAAAAUUGUGUCGGAUUCUGAUGGUAAAAUCAAUAGCCAGUCAGUCCUUCUAGAAGGUACAAUUACAACAAAUAUGGGAUUUGUAAUUUCCUUGAACCUUUCAAAAGUCUUAAAGUAUUCACUUUUUCCUGGUCAAGUGGUAGUUGUGAGAGGCAAUUGUCUGCCUGAUCUCAACAAAUUAGUAGCUCACGAAAUUUACGCCGAAACAGAUUUGUCUCUUCCCUUGGAACCGCCAAUAGUGAAAGAUCCAUUUCAGAUAGUGAUGGCAUGCGGGCCAUUCACUGUUCAAAACAACCUUUUGUUUGAGCCCCUCAACGAUCUUUUGCAGUACGUGAAUGAGCACAAGCCUCACAUAUUGCUACUCGUCGGCCCAUUUUUCGAAAAGAACAACGAAGGCAUUUUUAAUGGGGAUCUAACGCAAACCUUUGAUACGUUCUUCUUAAAUACUGUUGAUACUAUAAUGGAUAGUCUGAAAAAUACCAAUGUGCACGUUGUUAUGGUCUCCUCGCCAAGGGACCCACAUCACCAUCCUGUAUAUCCAUGUCCGCCGUACAUUUUAAGAGAAAAAUAUAAAAAUUUGUCAUUAAUGGCCGAUCCAUGUAUGAUCAAUAUAAAUGGGCUGGUGAUUGGUGCAACUUCGACUGACGUUUUGUUUCACAUAAGUAAUUACGAAAUUUUUCUAGACAAAACAACUUCCCUAUCGUCAGACAGAAUGGGUCGAAUCGCAGCGCAUCUUUUAAAGCAAGAGAGUUUCUAUCCUUUAGAUCCUCCGCACAAAGACAUGUGCAUCGAUCAUACAUUUUUGGAAAGGUAUGGAAACAUGGAGGUCAAACCGCAUAUGUUGAUAUUACCAUCGAAUUUAAGGAAUUUUGUUAAGAAUAUCGAUGACUGUCUGGUUAUAAAUCCGGAAAGGCUGACGAAAGGUUACGGGGGUGGCACUUUUGCACGGUUAGAAAUUCAACCCGGUACUAGCGCUUCCAUAUGUAACCGAUCAAUCUGCCAAAUAUUAAAAAUUUAA